AUGCUUCCGCUCACAUCCUGCGACCGCCGGGCUUCAACGGAACCGAGCUUGGACAGAGCAGCUGAAUCACAGUUACCGUCCCACAUGGCUUGCAUUGCCGCUCUCCCUCGUUCGCCUCUUUUCGCAUCCGGAGAGCUUCCGACGCUUUGCCAUACAACCACACAGACAAACACACACAUCAUGGCGACAACAACGAGCUCGGCCCCUCCGUCAGCGGAGGAAACGGCGCCUUUCAGCUCGCUGUACAUCCAUACGCACGACGUCUCGCGCUCCCUCAAGCCAUCAGCCGACGGCGAGCUCGCCCAUGCAAUUCAUCAGACGCUUCACUUUGCUCUCGAUGGCCAUCCCGACGAUUACACACCUUCGUCGUCCAACUCGGGUGCUGAUUCGGGAUGUGGUCCGCUAGCCACGAUGCCCACGGCAUCGUCUUCCACCGCCAAUGGUGCAUCUACACCAGCAGUCGCUUCUGGAUCGCAGGUCAAGAAGGGGUUCUUCCCGACAGGCGAUCCAGAGCGACCGUACAUCUCGUACCACUGGCAACCUUCGUCCGCAACGCUGUCGCUCCCAAAUCCCGCCACCAUCACCAAUCCCAUCGCCGACCCUUGCUCUCCAGAUCUUCGAAGCUCAUACGAGAUCACGGCCAAAUUCUUCUUCCUCGAUCCGCACGACCUCUCGCCUUCCCUGGUUGACGAUGCGCUCUCACGGCUCACGUCGACCACCGGGAUCAUCACCGUUGAUACGCUGGUCCUCUCGUUCCCCACCUUGGAUCUCGACUCGCGACCUCACAAGCACUCUUCAUCGUCGCUCGAUCCUUCCACCUCGGAACAAUCCAAUGGAGAAACAUCCUGGGCAUCUUCGGUGCGAGACAUCUGGUCGCACGUCUCGCAAAAUCCGCAACUGUUCUCGCUCGGUCUAUCCGACGUAUCUCCCACCAACCUCGAGCUCCUGCUUGGCUCCCUUUCCCCGCCCAUCCAACCACCAUCGAUGCCCCUCUUCUCUCCCGCAAUCCCCCUCUCCACCUCAUCCACCCAACCCUCCUUCUCCACAUCCCACCCACAACUCGCAACCUCCGACGUCCCCUCAUCUUCCACCAACAACGGCAUCACAUCCUUCUGGAACAUGGAAUACUCCCUGGUCAGCACCGCACGUCGUCCACGUCUCGUCUCCAUCAACGUCAAACAAGACCCCUGUGCUUUCGAUCGUUCCUUCGAUCAGUACUGCUCUCAAAUGGGUAUCCAGCUCGUCGCUCACUCCGACCGCAAAGACGUCCUACCGCAACGAACCUUGCCUGCAUUGAUGGACGAGUUCAAAGACAAAUUGCCCGUCAAAGCAGAGGAUGGCAAACAGCUCAGACCAAAGUGGGCGUUGAAGUACACAACCUUGAUCAGGGACAGAGGUGUCCUCGCCGACAAGGGCUACAUCGUGUUUGUAUCAAGCGACUAG